GGGUACUUGAAUCUACCCAGCUGCACGGUUGGCAGCCAUGGCAAGGGUGAUUACGGUGCACUGCGCGCCGUCCGGGAAAGAGGAAGCAAUCGAAUUGGAGGCAGACAUGACUGUCCGUGAGUUCAGGAGGCAGCUGCACGGGUGGCUGCCCUGUGGAGAUGAGUCACAGAGCAAGAUGAGUUUGGUGGAGGUGGUUGUCGGAGCCACGCCCCUAUUGAACAACGAGGAGAUGGUGUCGGAGGCAAUUCCAGGUGCAGAAGUGUUGGCUUUCCUGAGCAUCAAGGCGGUGAAGUGCUCACGUGCCUCGUCAUCCGGCUGUGAGCCUGAAGAUUUGCGUGUAGUGGAAAUCACAGCUGCAGGACAGGUCGGCCCGAAUGCGUUCCAGGGCUGCAUUUAUAUGGCCAGUGUGGCCAUCCCAGACUCCGUGACUGUGAUCAGACACACGGCCUUUGCACACUGCAGAUCAUUGAAGAGCGUGGCUAUCCCCAACUCCGUGACACAGAUUGAAUUGAUGGCCUUCGUUGGAUGCAUCUCACUGGAAAGCGUGGCCAUUCCCAAUUCUGUGACUCGGAUCGGGACUAGUGCCUUUCAAAACUGCAGCUCUUUGACAAGCGUGAGCAUUCCUGACACCAUGACCGAGAUUGGUGCUCAUGUCUUUACCGGUUGCAGCUCAUUGACCAGCAUGACCAUUCCCAAUUCUGUGACUCAGAUUGGGCAUAGUGCAUUUGAAAGUUGUUGCUCAUUGACAAGCGUGAGCAUUCCCGAGACAGUGACAGUGAUUGGAAAGCGUGCCUUCCGAGGUUGCAGCUCAUUGCCAAGCAUAACCAUUCCCAAUUCUGUGACUAAGAUCGGGCAUCGUGCCUUUGAAAAUUGCAGCUCGCUAACGAGCGUGACCAUCCCUGACUUCGUGACUCGUAUUGGCAAGGGAGCCUUUGCCGGCUGCAACUUUCCUUGGGUUGAUAAGUGCAAUGAAGAGUCGGAGGAGUCGGGGGAGUCGGAGUUUGACUUAUUUGAUUAAUUAGUCUCCGUGCUGCAGCGCAAGCUCUUGAACCUGGUUCUUGCACUGGCGAGCUUAGCACGGGCAGCGACAAACGCUUUAAGGCUUGGGGGCCUUUUGGGGUUGCAGGAUGCUAUGGGACCGAGCAGGCAUUUCGCGAUUCAAUU